AUGUUCGUGGAUGCCAGCAUCGAUACGCUAUUGGACUUUGAUUCCGAAGUGGAAGAGUUUGCACCGGAAUACUCACAAACGGCAACGUUUGACAAGUCCCGACCCAGUACUGACAGCGUGACACCCGAAGAGGAUGAAGAUGGUACAAAUGCAACAAAGGAGGCAACUCAACCUUUGGAGGCUCUUGUUUUGUCUUUCAUGUCACAGCUGUCAGAAGCACUAGUGGUUUCUAAAAGAGCGACGAGGAGCAACAAGAGUAAGAAUGUUGUAAUCGAAUUAGUAAAUCGUAGAAGGAUUUCUUCGAAUGGCACCCCGGCUGUUCGUGUCUUGAGGUAUCCUCAGAGGACUAGAGGGAGUAGCGCAAAGUCUAUUGCCCAACUGUUCAAAGUCAUGGAUUUGGCGCACAAUGCUAUUGCCGAGGCAGUUCCCAUUACCAAACGCGAUAUUUAUUACCACGACGUGAAACUGUUCAAGUCGCAAGCCGUUGUUGAUAAAUUAAUUGAGGAUUUGGCCGCUACCUUUGAUAUAAGAAGAGGCGACCUGUUCAUUCGUGCUUCCUCCAAGGGACUUGUGUCCGGGUCUCAGCUACGUAUCCACUUGAAGCACGGAGAUACUGCUUCCACUAGUGAUACCGAAGUGUGA